AUGGUGGCUCCAAACUUGGUGAACAGACCCCUCCGUCGUGACGCCAACGCUCCUACCUGGACUCUGUCGGUUCGCAAGUGCAGGUUCUGUGCUUACAUAGGGGACUGUCCCAGUAGGGUGAAGGCGCACGAACGAACCCACACAGGAGAAAGGCCAUUCCAGUGCAGAUUGUGCCCUUACUCUGCGGCCGCCAAGUACAACUUGAAGGUCCACAUGAGGAUACAUACGGGGGAAAAGCCCUACCAGUGCAAGUACUGCGAUUUUUCUACCGGGGUGUCCAGCACUCUGGCAGUGCACGAAAGGGGACACACCGGCGAAAAGCCUUUCCACUGUCGCUUCUGCAGCUACGCGACGGGUAUACGCAAGUGCGUCGCGGUCCACGAGAGGACUCACUUCAGAGAGAUGCCGUACAAGUGCCGUUUCUGCAACUACUGCUCUGCAACGUCUAGUGACGUUACGCUGCACGAGGGGACACACACGGGUGAAAAACCGUAUCGCUGUGAGCUGUGCGAUUUUUCGGCAGCCACGAAGAACACAGUGAGAAAUCACACCUUGGUGAUGCACAAGGGAGCAGCUGCAGAGAAGUGA